ACGAGAGCCCGCUUCUUUUUCUCUUCAUCACCCUUCUGAUCAUCUUCUCCUUCCUCCCUCUCAAUUCAAAAAAUCCCCCAGAAAUAAAAAGGAAAAGGAAAAAAAAAAACAUGAGGAAGAGAUCAUCGUCGCCGACGUACGAGCGUUGGAAGGCUCAAGUUCCGAUACUCUACGAGCGGUUCGACGAGCACCGGCAUGAUCGGCCUUCUCCCUGCUGCCAGUGGGGCAUACAACUAAAGGAAACAAAAGACGAGAAACACCAGCGUCUUUACUUUUCUGAGCAGACUGAUGGUAAAGUGCCUAAUACUCUUGUCGUUGCAAAUGUUGAAGUGUUUAAAUCAAGAGUUGCGGCAGCAGACCACUUGUCACAGUUCAAUGAAGCAUGUUCUCCCUUUCUGAAGAAGGAAAAAGCCAUUGCACAUCCUGGAAAGGUCUGUAGAAUCAGAGAACUUCCUAAGAAAAGUAACAUAGUGGCAACACAUACACACAGUCCUAAAGUACUCAUUUGGGACAUUGAUGCUCAGCCCAAUCAUCAUGCUGUUCAUGAUGCUGCAGGAUCUAAACCCACUUUGAUAUUGGAAGGGCACACACAGAAUGCAGAAUAUGCUCUUUCUAUGUGCCACACUGACUCCCUUGUGCUUUCUGGAGGGCAGGACACAAUGGUUCUCUUGUGGAGCAUACAGGAUUAUAUGUCAACUCUGGGAGGGACUGCAUCUGCAAAAUCUCCUGCUGCAUUAUCUGAGAACUCAAGUGGUCAGCAGGCUGUGGAAGCUAGAAAUGACAAGGGCAUGGAAGCUCCAAUGGUUGCACCACGAGGAUGCUUUAGAGGGCAUAAUGGUGCAGUUGAAGAUGUGCAGUUUUGCCCUUUCAGUGAACAGGAAUUCUGUAGUGUUGGUGAUGAUUCUUGCCUGAAAUUUUGGGAUGCUCGGACUGGUGAUAGGCCAACUACAAGUGUUGAGAAAGCUUGUCAUGGACAUAUGUACUGUGUAGAUUGGAAUCCACAUGAUGUAAAUCUCAUCGUGACUGGGUCUGCUGAUAGUUUUGUCCGUAUGUUUGACUAUCGGAAGAUCGAUGGUGGUAGUUGUAUAACAGCUUUACAUAGACUUAAAGGCCAUAAAGAUUCUGUUCUUCGGGUUCAGUGGUCUCCGAAUAAAGCAUCAGUUUUUGGGAGUGCUGCUAAAGAUGGCUUUUUGAAUGUAUGGGAUCAUGAGAAGGUUGGCAAGAAAGUAUCCACUGGUGGUUUGAGGAUGGUGCAGACACCUGCUGGAUUAAUCUUUCAACAUGCAGGACACAGAGGAGGUAAAGUGACUGAUUUCAACUGGAGCAUAUCUGAUCCGUGGACAAUUGCUAGUGUAUCAACCGAUUCUGGUAGCAAUCCUGGUGGAAGCUUACAGAUAUGGUGCAUGAGUGACUUGAUACACAGACCUACCGAAGAAGUCCUUGAGGAGCUGAAUCGGUUUAAGGACCACAUCAGUUCUUGUGGGUAAUAUUGCUACAUUUCAUGAACCAGGGUGUCAGUGAUGAGUCUUUGAGGACUGAACCUCGGAGAUAUGUUGGUUACAGUUUGUGAACUGUAUAUUCAUUCCUUGAUAACCUUUGGUGUCAUGUAUUGCUGUGUCUAUAGUUAGAACCUUGGAAAUAUGUUGGUCAUAGUUUGUGGAACUGUAUAUUGACUCCUCUAUAAUCAUUGGUAUCACAAACUUCCCCCU